GAGAGAGCUCUUUAAAUCCACCUGUUAGCCGGCAUAUAUUCUUGCGCCUUCGGUUUGGGAAGGUGAACUGAUCGCCAGGACCGUGUGUCAGUGCAUUAACUCAAAGUUCUGCAUCUCCCAAGUCCACACCGCACACAAUCUCCAUCUUUAAUGGACUAUCACUGCCGACGACACCAUAUGGGACAAUGUUAAUGCAUCAUCAUUUGCUUAACCGUCCACAAAUGCCUUGAUCUCGCAGGGACUUCGCCACACUGCUGCAACUCGCGCAACAUCGGCACACCACUGGACUUUUUUUUCAUUUAUUUAUUCGUGAAUAUGGCAAAGCGAUCGCAGUGAACUGUAGCCAAAGGUUUGCAACACAUUGUUGCAAAUAUUUUGAUGAAGAACAUGAUGCUCUCCCUCUCGCGUGCCCCGUAACUGCUUCCUUUCAUUCAGUCCAGUUUGGCGCUGAGCACCGUCUUCUCCUGGAGAUUUUCCUUCCAGUUUCCUCUCAAUUAUGUUCACUUUCGCUGCCUUUUGCUAUAUGCUUUCCCUUGUCCUCUGUGCUUCUCUCAUCUUCUUCGCGAUCUGGCAUAUAACAGCCUUUGAUGAGCUUCAGGCAGACUUCAAGGUGCCGAUCGAUCAGGGCAAUCCACUUCACGCGCGUGAAAGGCUGCGGAAUAUUGAGAGGAUCUGCUGCCUGCUGCGAAAGUUGGUGCUUCCAGAAUACUCUAUCCAUGGACUCUUCUGCAUCAUGUUCCUGUGUGCUCAGGAGUGGCUUACUGUAGGCCUGAAUAUCCCGCUACUCUUCUACAACACAUGGAGGUACUUUCACAGCCCCACAGACACUAAGGAGCUUCUCUAUGAUCCAGCGUCCGUCAUGAACGGAGACACGCUCAAAUUCUGCCAAAAAGAAGCCUGGUGCAAGAUGUCCUUCUUCGUCCUCUCGUUCUUCUACUAUCUCUAUUGCCAAAUAUGCUUUUUAGUGUGUGUCUUUGCUAUAGUAUAAGCUACAUCAAGACUAUAGCAUAGCAGAGAUGUAUACUUAAACAAGCAUUUAAACUGACAAGGAUGCCAGCAACAUGCCUUUAGGCAGAAUUCCUGAUUCUUUUUUCUUCCACACUAGAUCAUGUCACAUUAAAUGUUAAUAUACACAUAAAAACGCACAUAUUCUAUAAAGGUUCACCCUUCGAGCGAACAGGCCUUAUGACCUUUUGUCAGAUCAAAGGCAGUUCUUGUGUAUCAGCCAAAUUCUCUAUUAUUUAAUGCUAUUUGCUUCUGGAAUUGAAAUUCUAGGGCAAAUACAGUCGUUUUACUUCCUUUUUCCCCAGCAUCUAUUGGUAUGCACUCAAUCUUUGAGGAGUGAUGGUGUUGGUGCUUUUCUUCACUAUGGUCAUGCCAUCUUGGGAAUCUUAACCUUUCCUCUAACUGCUUGCUUUUUAUUGCUACUUUCUUGAAGAAAUGUUUGGUAACACUUUAUUUUACAGUGUCCUUGUUACAUAUGUUACAUUAUUUUUACAUGCAAUUAACCCUAAACCAAACCCCGUUCCAAAUCCUAACCCUGUAGUAAGUACUGUACAUGUUGUUAAAAUAAAGUGUAACUGAACGUUCAGUAUAAGCAUUUGUGCAUUUGUGGCAUAAUGUUGAUUACCACAGAAAAUCAUUUCUAAUUCUUGGAAGUUGGAAGGAAUGGAAGUUAAAUAGGCCAGACAAUAAAUGUUAAACCACACAAAGUUUAUAGCUACAAGCCUAGUCUAGUAUAGCCACAAUACUUAUAUAUGUUAAUAUUAUAAAUAUUAUGGGCUAUUUUUGCUUAAUGGCAAACUAGCGUGAGAGCCAAUUCCAAAAAAGCACCAGUGGUAGUGGAAAUUUCUGCACAUGCAAAUUAAAGAACACAGACGCAGCCAUUUUCCAUAAUGACCAACACAAUCUAGCAAGAACAGCGCAAAUUAGCGUCUGGUUUAAGACAUGCUUUUUUGGGGGCGGUCAAUAAUGGCACAAAUACCAAUAAAUUGACUAGUGCAAACUUUAGUAAAUCACCUCGCGUGAUUCAUUUACAUACUCUCCUCCCAUAAAUUUUGUGUCUUAAAGGGAAACUCCUACAAAUGCAUAUGCAAUAAGGUCGGCCGCAAUAAGGUCCACUCCUUUUCAGCUCUCAUUUUUCACUAUGUGUCUUUAGCAAAACCUGACAGUAUUUUUUAACACCAAAAGAGGGUUUGGGCUGGCGUAAACUGUGAGUAAAUUUGGCCUGUAUGUGUUAGCAUGACACUUAUGUGAUACAAUCACUUACUAAACUUGUCUGUUAAGUUAACAGGAAUUAUCUAGGUGCUAAAUAACUAGUUUAUCUGCUUAGAACAUUAGUUUAACCAAAAUGAUUUAGACAAUGUUACUGCUACAGUUAUGCACAGGAUGGAAAAAUGUUAUAUUAGAUAUGAGCAUCACAUUUUUGCCUUUAAAGUCUUUGUAAAUGCUGGCAUAGUUAACAGUUUUAUUUUUUUAUUUUUUUAACUAAGGGACCAGUUUUGAUUAUUUUCUGUGGUUAUCAACAUUAUGCUUAACUUGGAACAGCUACUUCCGGUCUGGAAUAGUGUUCCUUCUCUGAUGACGUCAGUUUGAUGGCUUGGGUUGAAAACGCGUAAACCACUCCCCUCCAACCGCUAGUCUGCUAUGAGCAAGAGAUGGAGAGGAGGAGCACUACAGUAAAACCCUGCCCUCUAUUCAAUAUUCCAUUUCACUUGGAAAUACGUCAUAACACUGGAGAAAAGUCAUUUGCAACUUUCAGUUCACGGGGACUUUAAGCCAGGAUUAGGCCUUAGUUCAAUUAGGACAUUUAAGUAGCUUUUAUAAAUGUGUUUUAGAAAAAAAACAUUACUGGUGUGCAUCUUGAGACAAAACAUAUUUUAAGAUAUGUCAGUGCAAGUUGCUUUCAGUUAAAAAAGCUCAAACAUAUAUUUUUGUCUAGGACUACAUUUGCGCCUACUCUGUGAAACCAGGGGGUUUGUCUGCACAGCGACUUAAAAGCAACAAAUCUAAACUUCUUAAUUGGACUGACUUAUGUAAUGCCUGAUUUGAUAAAUGCUGUUUUUGUCUGCACUGCCUAAUUUAACACCUGUGGCUUGAACUUCAAACUUCGUUUGUACUCUAACCCUUCGUAAUAACCGCAAUAUUCUGCUCCCUCUUACAAAUCAAUCUUACAAAUCAAUUGCAAAUCCAAUAUCAGCGCACCAGGCCAUCACCCAUCCAAUUACAAUAGUUGGUUUGCCGUUCCCUUUUUCUAAACACCAUCCAAAACCUAAUGACUCAAGAAAGGAGCGUACCACUUUGAUAGAAGUGAAAGAGAGAGAUCUGGGCAAACGUCACACUAGUUCUCAAGUGUUUCAGCUUCACAAAGAUUGCAAAGGCAUGAGGAACAUUGUUCGCCUCAGGCUCCAUCAAGAUCAUAUCUAUGAUCAUAGCUGAAAUACAUUUUUCAUUGAUCUUCCACUUUCAACACUAAAAACGUGUUCUCGGGACGCAAAAAGCCACAGUCUUUAAUAAUAUAGCAGUUCUACAUUUAAAACAUCUUUAUGUUUGAGACCAGCCUUGAGCUAUGUGCACUGAAUAUAAUGGCACUCAACCUUCAAAAAACAUUUUCUGAUUAGGUUAAAUAUAUAUGCUGCAUAAGCAGCAGUGAUAAUUUCAAAGGGCAUAAAUAGAUCUACUUUA